AUUCGUUAGGCCCAGCAAGGUAACGUUAAACGAGUAGAUCGUGUUAGGCUACAUUUUUUUUCACAAAUUUAUGAAGAGGCUGAAACAAGUGAACGAAUCGUGUUCGUUAGCAGGUGGAUGAUGGCUACAGCAGAGCAUUUAUUCAUAGUACUAACGUUAUGCGUGUGUGGCUGUACGUGUCUGAGUGACUAUUACUCACUGCUUGGAGUUUCUCACUCAGCAUCUUCAAGAGAGAUCAAGAAAGCGUUUCACAGGCUGGCCCUUAAACACCAUCCUGAUAAAAACCAAAGUCCCAAUGCACAGCGGAUCUUCACACACAUUGCUCAAGCUUAUGAAGUACUAUCUGACAGAGAGAAGAGACGAGCCUAUGAUGAAUUGGACCACCUAACUAACACUGAUCAGGCCUGGGAGGGAAAGUUCAAGAAAGAGGAUGUGGACCGUAAUCCCUUUGCAGAUGAAGGGACAUUUCAUAGUAAAAGGGGAUUCCAGCGUUUUAGUUUAGAGGAGCUGCUUCAUUCACUGCGGAUAGAUGAUGACUUUUUUAUGGGUGAACAACCUGGUUACGAAGGAUGGAGUUUUAUUUUUGGGCCUGAGGGUGAUGAUGAUGAAACCGCCUUCCUCAGUGAUCUUUUCAACAUGCUUUAAUUUCAAGUGUUUGUGUAUCUUGACCACAUUAAGUUAAUAUAUUUCUUAAUUGCAUAAAUAGCUAAAUAGCUUUUAAAGUGCUUUGCAUAUUUACCUUGCUGUUGUGUUUAUUAAAUAAAACUUUUAAUUUUAAA